GACACUGUGGAACGAAAACAAGAUCGUGGAAUUAGAGAUUCUCUGUUGAAAUACGUGUGUUGUUUACAGUGAUGACCUACUAAAAUAAACUGACCGAAAUGGACAAUUGACAGAGUCAACUAUAACCACUGUGGUCUUGCAAUAAGAGUGGCCAGCUCGCAAGCAAGAUUGAUCCCGAGGCAGAAAUUGACCUCAAAGGACCCAUCAUGGGGGGCCACAACAAUUGGCCGUACAUUAUCAACCUAGGAAACAGCAUCAUUGGUGUAGCCGUGCUGGCUAUGCCUUUUUGCUUUAAACAGUGUGGCAUUCUGCUAAGCAUGCUGGUGUUACUGUUCUGCACUUGGCUCACUCUUGCUUCCUGUCAGUUGUUGAUGAAAGCAGGAAUCACAUCCCGCAGAAGGUCUUAUGAAUUUUUAGCUUACCACACACAUGGUGCAACGGGGAAACUGGUCUCUGAAGUGGGUAUGAUUGGCAUGCAGCUGGGCACCCUGAUCGCUCAGAUUGUCGUCAUAGGUGACUUGGGACCUGCCAUUAUCUCAAAAGUGUUGGGCAUAGAGAACAGCUCUGGUUUGCGGACAUUCCUCAUCGUGUUGCUGUGCCUGGGCAUUGGCCUCCCACUGGGUUUACUGAAGAACCUGAGGGCAGUCAGCCGAGCCAGCACCAUCUGCAUCUCAUUCUACUGUGUCUUUGUGCUUUAUGUACUGUAUCUUUCAUUGCCAAACCUGUGGACAGGUGCAUGGUACCCGUCUGUUAACUUCUGGCGACCUCAGGGACUAUUCCAGUGCCUACCUAUCUUGUCUUUCUCAUUUGGAUGCCAAACUCAGCUGUUCCUGGUGUAUGAUGCUCUCCCUGAGCCAUCUCUCAAAGCCAUAAACGGUGUGAUCAGCAGUGCCGUGAACUUGUGUGCUGUUGCCUACCUGCUGGUGGGUUUCUUCGGCUACAUUGCCUUCUACUCCCAAGACAUUCCGGGUGACGUGAUCGCCAUCUUCCCAUCCACAUUGGUGUCGGAGAUGAUGAAGCUGUGUUUCGUGUUCUCCAUCGUCAUCACCUUCCCUGUUAUCAUCUUUCCGUGCCGAGCUAGUAUCUAUACAUUGCUCUUUGCACGGAAAGCCAAACCCCAUGACGAUGUGAUGGAGAGUGAGGGCUACAUCCCCGAGAAUCUCUUCAAACUGAUCACCAUUCUCAUCGUGCUUGGCUCCAUGAUCACCGGAAUACUCAUUCCUAAUGUGGAGUUUAUCCUUGGAAUGAAUGGCGCCAUCACAGGCACCCUCAUCUGCUACAUUUUCCCUGCUCUGUUCUUCAUGCGGGUCAUGGGCAGCAAACCUGAUGGGCGCACAGUGGCUCAGCUGGUCCUGUUUCUGGGCAUCACCAUCUUGCUGGUCAGCACGUAUGCCACACUGAGCUCCCAGGACAACCACCAGCCGAGGAGCGACCUGACCGCAGUAACUCCUGCCCUGGACAGGCCAGAUGACCUCAUGAACAUCCGAGACGGGCAGAUUGAGAAACCAGCUGGUCUCGGGUUAGAUCAAGACCUGGGGCUGAAAGGUGGUGAUGAUGUGAAGAAAAAGAUAGACACAAAUGAAGUUGAAGGAGAUACAAGGAAAGAACCACCCAUUCCAGAUCCUCCUGAUUCAAACGGUGACAAUGUGAAGGAAGGACUUGAUGAAGGAAAAGACAUCAUUGAUAAGAGGAAAGAUGAUAGGGACAAGGAACUAAAGAAAGAUGGCGAACAGGAAGACAAAGGUCCGGAUAAAAAUGAACAUGCUGAUGCAGACAAGGUCAAAGGUGAUGACACUCUAAAAGUGGAGCAGAAAGCUAUAGAGGAGGAAGUGAAGGAGAAAGAGAAGGAGAAAAAGCAGGAGCAGUUCCUGGCUAAGCUGGAGAAACAGCAGAAGGAGCAGGAGAAACUCCUACAAGAACAGAAGGAAGUUCUGAAAGAGCUCAAAGAUCACCAUGAGAAGGAUAAACAGAAAGCUCAGCUAGAAGACGGAGAGAAGCAGAGGCAGGCAGACCAGGUCGUCGGAGCCCCGCAGCUAUUGCCUGUCCAGCUCAGCAAUAACAAUGGUGGCAAUGUCCCACAGCAGCAGCAGCAGCAGCCUCGAGGUGUGGAUGACCCCAUCGCCGCAGCUGCAAAAUUGCAGCCGCACCAGCAGCCGGAUAUACAAGGCCAGCAGCAGAACAUCAUCCCAGCUGGCAACAACAACAGCCAGCAGAAAGCGAUGGUGGCGGAUUUGCCUGCAGGGCUCAGUAACCAGCAGCAGCAGCAAGGUGUGCUGCCGCCGCAACCCCAACAGCCGGGAGACCAUCUGUUGGGACAGCAGCAACAGCUGCAGCAGCAGCUGCAACAGCAGCAGCA